UCAGGCGAGCGUGUUGGCGCUGCGCAGCUCUGCCCCCUAGAAGAAGAGACGCUCGGCCAGCAGCGCGACCGGAGCGCUCGCCGGCUCGGGAAGACCGGAGGGGAGUGGGAAGCGCCGAGCCCUCUUCGCACGCAGUGAAACCACCCCAGAGAGGUGCUACUGCGCAUACAGUUGAUGGGCCAGGGAGUGGGACGGCCAGAGAGAAGAAGCAAGAGCCUCAGGCUGGACGGGUAUCAGACCAUCAUGACUGCUGAGGAGGAAGAGGAGGAGGAGGCGGCAGAAUGUGCCGAGGAUGUUGCAGAGAAGCACAGUCAGAAGCUGAAAGCCAUAUGUGGACAGGCCGACCUAAAGAAUGAAGCUGUUGGCCUGUACAAUAUUGGACUCAGCUGCUGCCUCAACUCUUUGCUUCAGGUUUUCUUCAUGAACAGAAACUUCACUGCGAUACUCCGGAGGAUCAAAGUGCCGUUUGACGCUGUGGAGCAGAAACAGAGUGUCCCUUACCAAAUGCUCUUGCUUUUGGAGGCGAUGCAGCGGGGCAAACACAAAUCAGUGCACCCCACAGGUCUUGCCAAGUGUCUUUCAGAGCAUCGAGUCAGAUUGUUCGUUCUCUAUGAUGCUUCCCAACUCUUCCUGAUCCUCUGGAACCUAAUUAAGAGUCAAAUCACAAAUUCACAUCUGGCUGAAAGUCUGGCAGACCUGUAUACCAUCCGCUUGCAAGAGUAUUUGGUGUGUCAGAAAUGCUUGCUGGAGACAAAGAAGAACAGCAACAUGCUGAUGCUUCCCCUCCCAAUGUUCAGUCACGAUUCUCAUCGGGUCAGGACCUUGGAAGAUUCGUUGCAUUGCUUCUUUGCACCAGAACAUCUGACGGGGGACAACAUGUGUCACUGUAAGCGGUGUGACAAGAAAACAGUGUGUUUGCAGGGCAUGAAAGUAACCUGUCUACCUCAGACCCUGACAUUGCACCUGAAACGUUUCUGUUCCAAGCAUGGCAACGACACUCAGAAGAUCGGCCAUUACUUGUCGUUCCCUCAGAAUCUAGAUUUCAGGCAGAUCCUGACGCGAGAGCAAUAUCAGCCAGACUUUCCGGAAGAGGGCAGUGGGUUGUAUGAUCUCUUUGCAGUGGUCGCACACUCCGGAUCAGCCCGCUGUGGCCACUACUGCGCCUAUAUCUGGAGUCUCAUGGAACACAAGUGGUAUUGCUUCAAUGACUCCAGCGUCUGUCAGGUGUCCUGGGAUGAUGUCAAGUGUACCUACGGCCACGCGGGUCUCCGCUGGAGUGAAACAGCCUACCUUCUGGUUUACCGGAAAAAAGAGUCAGCAGCUGCAUUCUGAUCCAUGCGGUUUUUCAUCAUGCAUGGAUAACUCUGAAAGGUUCUGGUGUGACUACGCUCAGAGGGGGACAGAGCUGGCGUAUGAAGCACCUUUCCCUGCAGAGAGUCUCGGACAGCUAUGCCGUCUUGGCCUUCCAGAGGGCCUCCUCUAUAGCUGAAGCAUCACUUCCCCUGCGGGCCCAAAAACAAGAUGUGGCAGUUCAGGAGAAAGGGAUCCUACAUCUCCUCUGAAGAGCACCUUCUGGCAUUCUCUUAGGGUGCGUCUACAAGACAACCUUGAAUGGGUUUUUUGCUGGUUGCUAGUUACAGGGUUCUUCACGAGAGAAUCCUAGUAGUUCUAGUCGGGUGAGAAUUCUGUUAAGAAGUUUGCCCCUUCACAGGAUUGGGUUCCAGGCUUUUCUUGGAAAGGGUAACAGGAGUUAAAACCAGUUUAUUGGUAGGACUGAUCUGCCCUCAGGUUCAGCAUCCCGUCUCUACCUACACAGACUCCAGAGUCCAGACCAACCUUUUUAUAAAACAGCUCCUACUUUUCAGGAGCCACCACAGAUACCCACCACCAUGCUCAACAGGCAUCCCGUGCGAACAGCCUCUUAAUGGGCCAAGGAAUCCAAAGGUUGCGCCCGACUCAUGAAUGUCAAAGCCACCGGUAUUUGUUGGGCAUCCAGUGCUGUCGUCCCAUACGCUGCCCCUGGAAGGUAGUGUUGUUUUCCUCUGGCCAUCCAAGGCCCUUAACGGUGCAAAGGAUGAUGCAUGAUCAGUAGUACAGAUAGCUGAGCAGAUAAUGGUUCCAUUCUGACUUAACAGUAUGGAAAGGAGUUUCAUAUGUGAUCAGCAUUUUAUUUUAUCUACUCAAAUGUUUGAAAUCCAGAUCUGUGUGAUCUUGCGUAUCGAUGUAAAACUGUCAUAAAUGAAGGGGGGGCAUGGAGAAAGAGUAUUUAAUAUGAAGUAAUAUUUAAUAUGAAGAAAUAAAGUGGUAAGUUAUUGUGAAAAUAGCCAUAGUACUGCCAUGUAUCCUAUUUUCAUAGGAAUCUAAAUGCAGCAGAAUCGUUUUAUGGAAAUACUAGGAAA